UUUUAGUUUUUCGGUGAUAUCUCAGUUAUUUGCAGAUUUUUCAAAAAUUUCAAAUGCAUUUUGUUACUCACAGAGAGGGAAAACUUGGAGACUCCAAUGGUGGAGUCCAUCAAUUUGAACCACCCUGUACAAAAGACAAUGUAUGAUCAAAACACAAUUUAUUCCAGUCAUAUUCCCAUAAAAAAUGUACAAAAUAACAUAGAAACUAGUUCAGGGACAUUAUUGCACCUGGCUAUUUAUUUAUUGCUGACGAAAUUGUAUGUUCUAUAAUUGUUCGCCAAAAACAUUUAUGUUGCGUCCGCUGUGAAAUUGACAACGCGUAAUUUGUCGUCCUAUAGUGCAACGCGUAACUAUGAAUUGUUUCAUUAAAGAAUAUCUGGCGAGGUGUCAGCCAAUUUUAAAUUUAGUUUAAAUGAUUCGGCGGACAACGAAAUCGGCGACGUCGAUUUUAGUUUCCUUACUCAAUAGUAGAGCAAACGCAUAACCGGGGAACGUUCGUGCGGUACCAAAAAUAAGUUUGUUUACGGUGAAAGAUAAACUGAUCGUUACUUUUUUGUUCGCGAAUUGCAGUAAACGCGGAUGUUUCGAGUGUUUGCCAUUAAUUAAAUUGAAUGAGUUUGACGGCUGUAAUUCCAAAUAUAAGCGCGUCCGUAUUUUUAGAGACAUACCCACCUGCAUUCCAAAAAAAUGUAAUCAUGGUAGGAAACAUGUUGCUAAAUUUAAAGAGAUUUCCUCGUCGCGGCGUAUGACGUAAUACAAUCGCAUUAUGCUUCCAUUUUUGAGCUUUUCAAUGAGCCAUAGGAAGAAUGGAAGGAAAAUCUAACGAUCAGCCGCAGCAGUGGUCGGUCCACGCGCAGUUUACAAUUUCUCAUCCUGGAAUCGACAAUCCAAAUGCGACACAACAUACUUUCGCGGAUCGCGAUGACAAUAGCGUCCGUAUGUCAUACUCUUGGACACCGCAAGCAAGCCAAGAAACUCCAGUCACAACUACUGCGCCAUCGUUUCCGCUGGGUCGCGGUGGUAGCCAAACGGAAAGUGCACCGACUGGCUAUGGAUUUCAAAGAGGUAACCUUUUGUUUACUUCCAUACCACCACGAAGAACCACCGUUCCCGAUCCGCAUUUACUAAGCGUUGCAAGAAGUGUGGACGAUUCGGGAUACCACAGCACACUGUCGCCCAAUACUGCUUAUAACCCAAAAUGUAGAAGUACCUGUAGCAUAGUUUUGUCUACAACAAUUGAUGAGCAACCGGAACUGGAAGAUCGCGCUCAGGCGCACUGCGAGCGUGCUCACAGUUUAAGGUGUCAAACACCGGCAGUUAAAACCGAUCGUCCUUCGAACUUUUACGGUUGUGGCGACCCCUGGUGCCAUCACUCUACGUACAGCGAUGCCGGUCCGAUUUCACCCAGUCUGCGUAGCGAAGCUUCAUGUUCAACCGGACAAACCGUGCUGCACAAACCGGCGAAACGGUUUGUAAACGUAGAAGACCGCAAAGACGUAGCCGUGCAAACGUUUGAGAUGGUCGACAAGUGCACUUCGCCUUUUCUUUUAAAACCACAAGACAGUUCGGAUGAGAGAUCCGAAAGAGACAAAGUAAAGAAGCGUUUUUCGUACAACAGUCGCAGUAGGACCGAACCUGUUGCGAGACGAUCGCAUUCCCAAUCUUCCUUUACGCCUGACAGUUUGGACAGUUUUCAGCCUCGAAGAAGAUUGGUUAGACAAUCACAGCGAACUUAUCUCAAAUCGCCGCCUCCUACAAAUACAAUGUCGCCCGAAUCGAAAACUGGUGAACAGAAAAAACCCAGAACGGUUCACAUAGACGUCUACUGUACUGGCACAGAGCAGGAAUCGGAAGACUCGGAUCACGAAAGUAAGUCAACGUCUUCGCCUCAAACUGUCUUUGAGUCUGAGAAACUUCUAAUCACGCACUCCCGCUCGACUAGCAACGAUCUGCCAAAUAAACUGAAAGAGCCUCCCCCAAAGCUGUUUCAGUUGAAAGCAGAAUCUGACGACGACGACACCACCACAGCGUAUCCAUCGCAAAUUAGCUCGUACUCGGCCAUAGGUCCCUUAUCGAGUUUUUCUUCAAGCAUUCCACCGUCUUGGUCCACUUACUCUAUGUCACAGGAUUUCGAUUCGGUCGCAAACACGUCGUGGAAGGACACAUUCUCCGACUUUGAUAGUGUCAAUCGCAGUCGCUCCAGUAUCGCGCUCACUGACAGUGUCGACUUCGUUCCUCGGCGAUUAUCGACGCCGCAUAAAAGCGCAAGUAUAGACGAACACCCGGAGAUACAACAAAAUACGCCGAGUUCUGUAAGUCUUAACCCGAGCGACAGUUUCGAGUAUGCUAACUCGGAGGACCGAUUGAGAAUCAAACAAAUGGAGCAAAUGUGGACGAAUCCCCACCUCGCGAACCAGUGGAAGUCGCCGCAAGUGGAACAAAAGCACCUGUUAGAGCAGAAAAAGUUAAAGGAGUACGUGGAGAAACGCCUCGAACCCGCUCGCCUACACAAAAUGGAAUCGCGCGAGAGCGACUCAGACUCUGACAUUUCAGAGAAGGGUUGGAGUGUCGUGAAGGAGUUGACCGUUCCGGAAUCGAGCACAAGCGAACACUCCCCGACCUUGAGGUCGCCCAGCGUUCUCGCCCUUCAAGAGAAAUUAACCUUAAAUCCCACGUUACGGUCUCCAUUUAUGGUCGUACCUGGAAUUUACACCGGUCAACGACUGGUGGCGAAAAAAUUCGGACCUGUGGUUAACGUGUUCAAAAAACCUGGCCACCAUAUCGGGCCGGUUAAGAACCCAGAAUGUCAGUGCGACCACUGUCGCGCGUACUUUAACCAUUACGGCAGAGGGCGCGCCAGGUCAUUUGGCGAGACUGCCUCGACCCUUCCCUGGUUAAAUUGGAACCGGGAGUCCUCCAAGUCUAAACAGUCGAAUGUCACGUAAACCGCUUUACUUUAAAUUUGCCUUUUUUAAUGAAAAGUUUAGCAAUUCGCAUUUUUUAUAUUUGCAUUUACUCUUUUUUUAAUUUUUUGUUGUGGUUUAAUAAAUGCGUUCAUUAUUUAAGUUUUUUUUAGUCUACACUUUUCGUACAUACCAAAACUACUGACAUGUAAGUUAGCAAGACCAUUCGGGGUUUUCCCAUGUAUGUAAUUGCAGUCGC